AUCCGUUAUUGACAAAUGCGUCUGCAAUUUCUACCGAAAUUUUACGAAAAUGGAGCUGACAAAAGCGGUAAAUUCUGUUAAUUCCAGACCAAAAUUAGACCGUGGAAAUUCUCUAAGCAUUAAGCAGUACAAUUUAAUUUACAAUUUUUUAAGAAAUGGCGAUAAACCAACGCUACGAGAAAUGUACGAUGCAGAGUUUGCCGCAGCCAGCCUAAAACCUGAUCACGUGCGCCAGGAAAGGCCAUACGCGCGAUUUAAAUCUAUUGCAAAACGACUGAGAAUUACACACGACAACCAGCUCGUUUUCAAGACUAAUAAUAAGAUAGUUUUACCCAUUAAUAACUUUAAGAACGCGAUCAUGGAAGCUCAUCAAAAUGAAGGUAAACGACAUCUGAGCCUAACCAGGACUAUCGAAAAGCUAUCAGAGAAGUACACAAUGGGCUGCAGACAGUUCGGGAUCUCGGAAGACAUUGUGAGGGUUGUGGUAAAAAAAUGUCAGUCAGGAAGCUGCGUGAAAAAGCAGGCUUUGAAACAUCACACUGAGGACAACACAGCACCUGAUGUCCAAACAGUGCAAGGGACACUUUCUGAAGCACCCAACUUUGUCCCACCUGCAGCAAGUCAGAACCAGGGUCAGCCAAUUAUGACUGCCAGCUACAAUAACCCACCACACAUGGGUUUACCAGUACCUUCUCCAGCCAACAAUAUCCCAUUUGCCAUCCAACCUGUCCAAAUGGUCCCACUCGCAAAUGGCGGAUUUGCCCUGCGCCCGCUGUCUUUCUUGAUGGGAACCAACGUAAUGAUGCCCUUUUCCAUGAUGAGACCAAACAUGAGGUCGCCGCCAUUUUCCUGUGAACAACCUCUGGACCUGAGAAAAGACGCCUCCUCUCCAGGGGACAAUAAGUCAAACAAGAAUUCUGGGCAAGUCAGCCUUGAACUGAGGAUGCCUUACCUCGGGAAAAUUCUUGCAAUGCCAUUUCUUCAUCAGAUUAGUCCGCAGGGUAAUUUAAAUCCAGAACAAAGCUCAGAAUGUACCUUAACCCCGAAAACAAAGCCGUUAAGUGGAGUCAGUGCAAAUGGCAAUGAAUCAAGCACCCCAAAUUCACUUGUGGUUCCUUUAUGUAACUCAUAUGUGGACAUUAACAAUAACAUAAGUGUGCUUGGGGACCAUAAUGUGACAGUAAGAAAUCAGCAGCCAGCAAUAGUGAUGGAGACAUGUGAACAGAUGGACGAUGCAACACCACCAAUAUUGAACAUCUCAGGUUAA